CCUCUGAGCCUUAUAAGCUGGAUUUACACGCAGUUGUGAGCCACAGGAUGUGGGUGCUGGGAGUUGAACCAUUUUGCGCAAACGACCUGGCUACACCUCAGGGACAGGGUAUCAUAUAGCCCAGCCGGACCUUGAACUCCCUAUAUGCCCCAAGAUUGUCCUCAAACUUGUGAUCCUCCUGACGCCACCUCCCCAGAACUGGGAUUACAGUUAUGCACCACCAUACCUGUUUUAAUUCUUUUUCCCUUUCAGCUCAUUCUCAGCAGUGGAUCUUGAGAACUACUAUUUGUUGCUCUUUGGGAUCCCUCGCGCCCGGGCCGCUGCAGGUGUUCCUGGCGUGGAGCGCCUCUGGCACCUGCCCUGGCCCGGCCCCAGCCUCAGCCCCGGCCCCGCGCAGGCCCUGCUCUUCCGGCAUUUCAGGCGUGUAGCCGGCGGGGCUGCAGCUCGGGGUGCUUGAGAGUCACAGCCGGCGGGACGCACGAAGCAGGAUGGGCUGCAGGCACAGCCGACCCGGCCGCUGCAAGCGCGCGGAAAAGGUGGAAGAAACACAGACAGAACUCCUGGAGACACUGGACAAUGAGGGAAGGAUCCUGGAAGGAAGGCGUGAGGAAGCUGGGCAAGCCUUGCAGAUAUCAUGUGCACAGGAGAAAGACACUUCCAGUGUCUCCACCCAAGAGGUCAAAGCCCCGUUGCAGAACUCCUGCGCAAUGCCGGCCUCAUCACAGGAGGCCAGCCCAACCCAGACGAACGAGGAGGAAGGGUCCAUCCUUAGCCGACUCUAUAAGAACCACAUCCAGGAUUAUGGCAGCCCCGGCCCAUUCUGGGAGCAAGAGCUGGAGAGUUUGCACCAUGUCAUUGAGAUGAAGAAUGAGCGGAUUCACGAGCUGGAGAAGCAGCAGCUCCUCCUGGAGAUGCUGAAAGAAAAAAAUCUGAUAUUAGCACUGAAAAACACCACCCUGCGGCAGGAGGUUGAGGACCUGCGUUUCCAAGCUGGGAACAGGUUGACCGUGACAAGGCAGUUCCGCAAAGAUCUGCUUCAGGACCUGGAAAAGGAGUCACGGAACGGCCACUGCUGCAGCAGACGGAGGAGCCACUGAGCCUCUCCCUUCCUAGCCUGCCCUCUGCUGCACCUCAGCGGCCUCUGUCCUCAUCAUCCAGACACAGGGCCUGGGCCCACCAUGGCUCCCAGACUCCCCACUCCCUCCAAAGUCUGUGGAGAAGAGCCCAAGACUCCAUUCUUCUCCCAGGACGGACCAGGUGGGCAGGAGGAGAUGUGUAUAGGGCCACAACACUCAUGGUGGAGCUUGGGCCACCAGGAUCACCCAAGAAGUGCCUUCCCUUAGUUGGCCCAAGGAACAAGCAAGUAGAGUCGUGUCCAUCCCCCACCCCACCCCCGUCCUCACGAGGGCGUUCUCCCGUAGCAGCUGGUACCAUUUUGACCAUCUGACAAGGAAGGGGAAGCCCCCCGGCCCAGAUCAUCAGCUUUGCUGACAACUCACUGAUCCAUCAAGUUCUUAUUACCACACUCGUAAUUCUCACUCCGAGAAAAACUGCAAGAGACACCAUCCAAGAAAAAUCAAUACAGCAUUGUUUGUGUUGAGAUGGGGGGUCUCACCACCACGUAGCCUAACCUUGAACUCGAAACCACCAUGCCUCAGCCUCCUGCAUGCUGGGAACACGGGCAUGUGCCGCCUCAUCCAGCCAGAUAAAGAGUUGAAUUUGCUGUAGUGCUAAGCACUGUGAAUAUUUUUAAGCAUAUUUAUCUAAGGUCUUAAUGUGAAAGUGAAAUCUUUUUGUUAAAAAUAAAGCUAUAUUUUCAUGUUCUUU